GAGAAUGUCGGUUAUGGAGGAAAGGAUGAGUUCCGUGCUUUUGGAGACUUUCAAAGGUGCAACCCGCCGAUCUUUGAAGGAGGGUAUGGACCGGACAAAACGCGUGCAUGGAUAAGAGAAAUUGAGAAGAUCUUUCAAGUCGUGAGUUGUACUAAUGUACAGAAGGUACAGUUUGGUACUCACAUGCUGACAAAAGACGCCGAUGUUUGGUGGAGUAAUACUGUGCGGAGAUUUGAAAGAGAAGGUAUUGAAGUUACUUGUACUCUUUUUCGUGAUGCAUUUUUGGGAAAAUAUUUUCCAGAAGAUGUGCGUGGAAAGAAAGAAGUGAGGUUUCUACAGUUGAAACGAGAAGGAGGACAGUUCCGUGGGAAACUGUAUGAUAACAAGAAGGAACAAUCUGGUUUUGUCAAGAAGCUAAGUGGGGGAGGGACUCCUACUCCACUUAAGUGCUUCAGAUGUGGUGUUGAAGGUCAUCGUGUUUUUGAGUGUAAGAAAGAGGUUACUACUUGUUUCAAGUGUGGCAGGCCAGGUCACAUAGUUUCUAAUUGUAGAGCUAGUGCGAGGGUAACUUGUUACAACUGUGGUGAGCGAGGUCACAUUCGUACCAAAUGUGAUAAGCCAAAUAAGGAGCAAGCGAAAGGAAAAGUGUUUGCGUUGUCUGGUGCUGAGACUACUUCUAAGGAUAAUUUAAUCUGAGGUUCUGGAGUUAGUAGCUCGCGUGUGAUCUUAGUCGGAGUUUCUUCCGAGUUAUUUGGAGAUUAGGUAGUGAGUCGAUGCUCUGGUCAUGUAACACUGGGUAGACUAGUUAUUUGAACUCGUGUGAAACACAUGAGUAUUUAGUAGUUUCCGCUGUGAAUGCAUAUUCUUGAUAAAGUAUGAUUAAUUGAUAAGUGUAAUUUGAAAUGACCAGGUGUAUCAUAUAUUGUAAGUAAAUG